AUGACCACGCCCUCGCGACCCCAGCUGCUGCGCAUCCCAGUCCUCCUUGCAGCAGCAGGGGCUCUCUUGAUCCAGGCUGCUGCCAUUGCUGAACAACAUGAGCCGCUGCCGCCGAUCACACUUCCGGGCUGUCCGGACAAGUGCGGCGACAUCAGCAUCCCCUUCCCAUUCGGCAUGAAGCCGGGCUGCUUCCGAGAGGGCUUCGAGGUCACCUGCAACCACUCCUUCCAGCCCCCUCGCGCCUUCAUUGGUAAAGGCGAUGGAAGAUCAGCCAAGACGUCGACCGUCUACACCAACUUCUCAAUAUCCAAGACAGGUAAUUAUUCGAUCGAAUACCCGAGGAAUAAAUCUAAACUGGACCCACAUCUCUCGCCGGUGGAGCUCGUCGACAUAUCGUUCGCCAAGAGUGAAGCACGGGCAUAUGGUGCAGUGGCUUCCGCCUGCAACAAGAACUCCACUGCCGGCUUCUCGAUGAUGAUGUUCACCACCUUGUUGGCCAAAGGUAUGGGCGGUGCCGAGGGCCCGUUCCUUGUGUCAUUGGCGCGCAAUGUCCUCAUCGGCGUCGGCCUGCAAUUUGUGGCUACGGCGUACAGAUUCAACACCUCAUCCGGGACCGGAGAGGCCAGCUACCUCGUCUCCUGCAGCUCGUUCAUCAUGGAAAACCUGCAGCUUGCGUCCAACGGGUCAUGCUCUGGGCACGGCUGCUGCCAGGCCUCCCUGCCGGAAGGGCUCCCGCUCACUGGUGUCUCAGUUUACAUGGGCAUACCGAUGAAUAACACUAUGUGGAUGACCAACCCGUGUACCUUCGCCAUGGUGGUGGAGCAUUCAUGGUACAACUUCUCCACGACAGACCUGUACGGCAACACCACCGACAAAUUCCCAAGGGGCGUGCCCUAUGUGAUCGAUUUCGCCAUUAGGAAUGCUAUAUGCCCGGAGAAAGGCCAGCAGACACCUCUGGACUACGCGUGCCUCAGCGGCAACAGCUCUUGUGCCGACGUGACCAAUGGCUACAUCUGCAAGUGCCUGGAGCACUACGAGGGCAACCCUUACAUCCCUAAUGGAUGCCAAGAUAUCGACGAAUGCAAGCACCCUGAUUUGUAUCCUUGCUCGAGUGAUGGGAUAUGCAAGAACAGGCUUUUAGGGUAUGACUGUCCAUGCAAACCUGGAAUGAAAGGCGACGGGAAGAAUGGAACAUGCCAGCCCAUAUUCUCCCUGGUUGCAAAGGUGGUUGGAGGUGUAAUAGGAGGUUUAUUUUUCAUGGCAGCUUUCUUGUUCCUCAUUCUUCUUCACAAAGAGAAAAAGAAGAUGAGGGAGUUCUACCAAAAGAACGGCGGGCCUAUAUUGGAGAAAGCAAAGAUUAUAAAGCUUUUCAAAAAGGAAGAGCUUAAGGGAAUUUUAAAGAGUAAAAAUUUAAUUGGAAAAGGUUGCUUUGGUGAAGUUUACAAGGGCAUUCUUGAUAAUGAUUUGGUUGCAGUAAAGAAGCCGAUAAAUGGUACUGUGCUGGAGAAUGAACAAUUUGCAAAUGAAGUCAUCAUCCAAUCUCAAGUCAUCCACAAGAACAUUGUUAGGCUGAUAGGUUGUUGCCUCGAAGUUGAUAUCCCCAUGCUUGUUUAUGAGUUCCUCCCGAAUGGUAGCCUCGAAGAUAUUCUUCAUAGUAAUAAGGUAGUGCCUCUUAACAUUAACAUGCGUUUGAGUAUUGCUGCACAAUCAGCAGACGGUCUAUCAUAUAUGCACUCAAAAACCAAUAAUAAAAUCCUACAUGGUGAUAUUAAGCCAGCAAAUAUACUCUUGGAUGAUAACUUCAUGCCAAAGAUAUCAGAUUUUGGCACAUCGAGAUUGAUUGCAAGAGAUAAAGACCAUGCAGAUGAUGUCAUUGGUGAUAUGAGUUACAUGGAUCCAGUAUGCAUGCAAACAGGAGUUCUAACAGAAAAAAGUGAUGUCUACAGCUUCGGAGUUGUGAUCUUGGAACUUAUAAGUAGGAAAAAGGCCACAUAUUCUGACAAUAAUAGUUUGGUAAGGAAUUUUCUUGAAGCUCACAAAGAGAAGAGGGUAGCCGAGUUGUUUGACAAUGAAAUUACACUAACAAGCAAUGAUUUAAAGCUUCUUCAUAGUCUAGCCAGGAUCAUUGUGGAAUGUCUUAACCUCGAUGUGGAUCAAAGACCAUCAAUGAUAGAGGUAGCAGAGAGCCUUCUCCUACUGAACCGGUCUCAUAACCCAUAAGUUGUUUGCCAGUAAGUUGAAGCAGAGUUGCGCAUCAUUGCG